AUGACCUCCAUCGGUGCUGGAAUCUCGUCAGCUUGUGCUGCCUCCCAGACAGACGGUGAUUGGCCUAUAUUUACGGCUCCUGAUGUCUCUGAAUCUACACUUCCUCGCGAAUUUCGCAGCCGACUUCACAAAAUGUUCGAACGCGUUGAACGUGAAUUUGAAAGGGAAUAUCAGAAAUUAUGUGCCGAAAACUAUGCAUUACAGGAGAAAUUGGAGAAGUUUGAAGACGCUGAACAUCCAGAAUCCUCACUCUUUACUAGAAAGCUAACGGCCAGUCAGCUGUCGCACCGCAUCAAACAGCAGUACAAACAGUCUACAUCACGCCUCGUCUCGAGCCUUCGUCCAGCUUCUGGCGGCCUCGCUCUUCCCAGUCCUGGUUCUAAUCCAGACUCCUCCCGAUGUGGUUCAUGGAAAUUUGUCCAUAGAUUCACAGGGCAUCGUGAUGGGGUUUGGGAGGUCACUUGUUUCCACAACCUCAUUGCCACGGCUUCAGCUGAUGCUACCGUUAGAUUGUGGAAUAACUCAGAGCGACACAAUUGCUUGCUCAUUUACUCGGGUCACUCAGGCUCGGUAAAUUCGGUCCGCUUCCGUGAUCGCGACAAUCUCAUGCUCACAUGCAGCGGCGAUGGCACCGCACACCUUAUUGCCCUUCCCUCUGCGUUAUUUGAAGCGGUUGCUCCAGCUCACGCCGUCCAGGGCGCCUCCGGCGAUCUUGACAAUGGACACCAGUCUGAGGGAACCAACACAGGUAUUGAAGCAGACAGUCAGGCUGAGGGUGUUCAGCUACCGGUGCAACUGCGUGAUCCCUCAGCCGUGUUCCAAUCUGCAAGUCUCUUCGUGGCGGAGGCAGGAGUCGUUGGGGGAAUUUCUUCCGGCCUAUUGGCGUGUGACAGCGUCUCAUCACUGGAUUCCUAUCCCCUUGCAGCAGCCGACUUUGUGUGUGGUCGCGAGCAACUCAUAACGGCCAGUUGGGACCGCCUGGGUCACCUAUACGAUCUAAAUACCGGUCAGGAGGUGCAGUCGCUCGCUGGUCACGAUCGCGAGCUCACUGACGUACGUUGCUGCUGGGACUCUAACCUCCCUGUCGUUGCCACCUCUGCCAGGGAUUCUACAUUUCGUGUCUGGGAUUUCCGCCAACCUCGUCUUGAGGUACACGUGCAACAAGCACACAGUCGAACUGUCUCAACUGCACAAUUCCUCCCUGGAUCGGGUCCAGAUCAGAUUGUGAGUGCGGGGACAGACCGGUGCUGUCGACUGUGGGACUUGCGAAGUCUGCGAUCGCCGAUUUUCACGGUGCGCACGGAUGCCAGCAUCAACCGCUUGGCGAUAUCUCGGGCGGGUCUCUUGCAGUAUCGCCAGGCCGUGGCUGUUUCUGGCUUUGCAGCGCAAUCAGGUGGGGAAGGGUGGAGCGCUGGAUGUUCAACAGGGGUGGUUGGAGGAACUGGAGGUAACACAACUGCACCUACCUUGGGCACCGACGCCGUCACUCACUCCUGUGUCCUUGCUCUGCCCCUCGACAAUCGCACGCUUCGCCUCCUGGCCGCCAAUGGCUCACGUAUUGGACGUAUCCCUCGUAAUAUCGCUCACGGGCACACGAGUGCUAUCACAAGUGCGGCCUGGGCAACUGAAGGCCAAUGCAAUCUCUUCACCACGGGCUUCGAUCAGCAGCUCCUUGGGUGGCAGUUGCAAAUCUCAUGA